UCCCAAAAGAAAAACAAUGAUUUUGUAAGGGUUUUGAAUUGAUUCGCUUCCAAAUUGUAGACCUUAAGUCAUAUCAAGUCGUAAAGAAAGAGAUCUGUGAAGUCGUAAAUAAAACAAUUUAGAAAAUAACAAAGCUGGUAGACUGUUGUUUGGGUUGAAAGGAGGAUAAAACAAUAUAGCGAACAGGAUAGCGUCCCAAGCCCCGCGGGGCUUCGUCGGAUCUUACAUUAAAAAUCUUCAAAGGCCAAGAGGAGAAAUGAACACCUCCGGCUAUGUUUUUACCAUUGUUUUCAAUUUAAAGCUCAAAAGAGAAGCCAUUGCCGGACGGACAAAACAGAACGGUCCCGGUAUAAAAAGGUAACGGCAUUUUGCACGUUUCAACAGUCGAAUUUUGCCACAUUGUCCUCCUCUAAUAUGAAUCCGUCACCUGAACCUGUUAACCUAUUAAUGCUAAUCAACCUGUCCAAUCUUGUAGUUACCUAAUUUAUAUUGUAAGUAAAAGACAUCGCUUCGACGUAAAGAAGAAACUUUAGAGUUAAACUUAAACCAGCGAGAACAGACGGAUCCAAUUUUAACUGUGAAUCAAUUCAACAUAACUUUUUUCUACUUUUGAAUUAAGCCUGUGUACAAUUAUUUAACAAGUUUAUAAAUGAAAGAAAUGAAACGUUAAAAUUGCGAAAGAACAGAUGGUCUAGUUUAACAUUUUCGACUAAAUGUUGUUAAAGCCUUCGAGUUAUGUUAAGUUCAUUGUAUUUGUCAGAACAUAUUGUUUUCUAUUGAUAAUACUUUCAGUUUACAAUGGAUAUUUUUCAUUCCUAUUCACUCAAAAGCACGUGGACUUGGCAGAAUUGGCCGAGCUUCAGAAGAGCAGUACUGCCGUUUAUAUCGAGGGCUGUCUCUACUCUUGCUUGAUUUCAUUGUCAGCGGUGAGCUUUUUUCUUAAAUGGUUACUUCUCAGGCACGCGGGACUUAGCGAUUUGCAAAACUGUUUGUAUUUCGCUCUUAUACUCUCUAGCGUCGUCGUAACGAUAAGCCAUAUGGCUUUAUGCGUGUUGAUGAUCAGGGUUUAUCACGUCGACCUGAUAGGAAUCGGCGAGGCUUUGAACAAAGCUCUGAACACGUACCCGGAAGAUCGGAAGCAGCUCGUCGACCGUGUACAGAUCAAAUAUCAUUGUUGCGGUGUCAACGAUUACCGAGAUUGGCUGCAAAUCAGUUGGUACGAGAAGACCAAGAACUUGAACAAUUCACGCGGCGCUGUGCCCUUCAGCUGCUGCUCCAAAUACGACAUCGGACCUUGCAUCCACGAAGGAAUCGGAGAAACGUUCUUCAUAUCUUAUAAGUACGAACCGGAAAACCUCGGCCUGUGGAAGCAAGGCUGUUUGUCUCGUUUUGAACGUGUAUAUCUCAACGGGCUGUAUACGCUAGCGAUCAAGGGGUUGAUCUUCGGCUGUUUUUACCUUCUCGGGGCAGUCUUCGACCGAAUCGUCCAAUCUGGGGACAGCACUGCUCUCCAGGACGAUAGGUUCUACUGCUGGGUCUUUGGAACGAAGCCGGCUUCUAAAAGAAAGCUAGACAAUGACGUUACCAACAGAAACAUGUACCAAUUCGAAGAAGAAUCGGAUAAGCCCAGUUAAAAAGUAGGGACAUCUUAAUUUUAAUAACAUUUUAUUUCCAAUAUAGGCUUCACAUAUUUCCAAAAAAAAUUUUUUAUUA